AUGGCUACCGCAGUCAUUGAUGGAAUUCGUUUGAAUAAUCCCGAACUGUUGAAUAAACUGGAAGGGAUCAACGGUACCCUCAAUGCAGCAGUUAUUAUACCCGAAGAAGAUGGUGUCAUCAGCGCUAGUGAUGAUCGCAAUGUCAUGGUUUGGCUCAAGCGAGACAGUGGUCAAUAUUGGCCGAGUAUUUGUCAUACCAUGAGCGCUCCUGUCACCGCUCUCUAUUUCAGCAGUCAAGAUAGAAAGUUAUUUUGUGGCAUCGAGACCGGAUUGAUUUCGGAAUUUGAAUUAUCCGAAGAUUUCAACAAAAUAACUCACAAGCGUGAUUAUGCCGCCCACUCAGGACGUGUUAAUGGAAUAAUUUACAGUCCGAAUUUAAAUUGGUUGUUAAGUGUCAGUCGAGACAAAUAUAUGCAGUGGCAUUGCUGUGAAACUGGUCGACGUUUAGGCGGUUAUCAGGCUAAUGCUUGGUGCAUUGCUCUUGAAUUUGAUCAAGAUAGUAAGCAUAUCUUUGUUGGUGAUUAUGGCGGCAGCAUCGCUGUGUUACGAGUUAAAGACAAUAAUUCUAGUUUGGUGCCCGUCACAACGUUACAAGGCCAUUCAGGCAGUAUUCGCUGUUUAGCUUGGGAUCCCGAUAAACAGUUAUUAUUUUCAGGAAGCUUUGACAGAACUAUUCUGGUCUGGGAUAUCGGAGGUAGAAAAGGCACCGUUUACCAAUUGCAUGGACACGGCGAUAAAAUACGGGCACUCCACUAUGUUCGCGAGGCAAGCAAGCUAAUUUCAGUUGCCGAUGAUGGCUUCAUAGUUACAUGGAAAAUGGAUGUAGACAGAGUUGAGACGAAAGAGUGGCUUGAAUCUGAUUCAUGUCAGCGUUGCGAUGUUCCAUUUUUUUGGAAUGUCAAGCAAAUGUGGAGUGAAAAAAAGAUUGGAUUUCGACAGCAUCAUUGUCGCAAAUGUGGUAUAGCAGUCUGCGCCAAAUGCAGUGAAAACACGUCUGUAAUGCCAUCCCUAGGGUUUGAAUUUCCAGUUCGUGUAUGCAACGAUUGUUAUGAAACCAUAACUGACGCAGAUCGGCAAACGUUAGCCACAUUUUUUGACACGAAAUGUGGCAUUUCUUCCAUGAAUUACCAUCAUGGCAAGCAUUUGCUUGUUACCUGCAGUAACGAUAGAUCAAUUAAAGUAUGGGAAAUCGGUAACAAGCAGUAA